CGCAAACGCCUUAUUUCGCUUUGCAAACAAUGAGCAUGCUCAGGCUACAGAAGCGUUUGGCUUCCAGUGUCUUGCGCUGUGGCAAGAAAAAGGUGUGGCUGGACCCAAAUGAGACCAAUGAGAUUGCUAAUGCAAACUCUCGCCAACAGAUUCGAAAACUAGUGAAGGAUGGAUUGAUUAUUAGGAAACCUGUGACAGUUCAUUCCCAUGCUCGCUGCCGCAAGAACACACUGGCACGCCGCAAAGGACGGCAUAUGGGUGUCGGAAAGAGGAAAGGUACGGCUAACGCUCGCAUGCCAGAGAAGUUGACAUGGAUGCGACGUAUGCGGAUCUUGCGUCGUCUCUUGCGGCGCUACAGGGAGUCCAAGAAGAUUGACAGACACAUGUACCACAGUCUCUACCUGAAAGCCAAGGGUAACGUCUUCAAAAACAAGCGCAUCCUCAUGGAGCACAUCCACAAGCUGAAGGCAGACAAGGCUCGCAAGAAACUCCUGGCUGACCAGGCCGAAGCCCGCCGUUCAAAGACAAAGGAGGCCCGUAAGCGCAGAGAGGCACGUCUCCUGGCCAAGAAAGAAGAAAUUAUCAAGAACUUGUCAAAAGAGGAGGAGACAGCAAAGAAAUGAGUACCAACACAUCUCCUACCCAAAAAUUCCUGCUAUUGUUGUCAAUAAAUUUUUUUACAUGACUCUUAAUUGUGAACAUUAUCAACCCGUGCAAAGGCCUACAUUUGUCAAACAUUAAUUUUCUUGCAUCAAAAAUGAUUGCCUGCACAAAAGAGUGUACCAUAAAUGUUGUUUUUGAUGCUGACUUGUGCCACCGCAACCCAUGUUUGUUGACAAAUUUGGCCUUCAACGACAAGUUUGACAUUUCAGUGAAAUGUCCUGUUCCGGACUUUUUUUUUUCUUUCAAAGUAGGGAAAGCUGCUCCUGUCUGCUUUCCAUCAGGGCAGGUGUAACCUGGCAGCAGGGUGCCAUAGUGAGGAUUAGGAAGGUCAUUCUCCUUCAACUAGAGGGUUGGAGUGACAGCGAGCAUCCACUGUGCUGAAGGAGUUUGAGAAAGACAUCGGAUGCUCAGGGAUGCCGUUCUGUAGCCGACACGUCACUCUGACCUGGGAAAUUGAGAAUUUCUCCUUGAGGGACUAGUGUGUCAAACCAAAUAACCCUCUAUUUUCAUGUGUAAUGAUUGAAGGACGAUGGAUUUUUCACUAGUCUGGUCUAUCAGCAGUUGAAUUCAAAUGUCAUCCACCGAUGAAUGGCGUCUUCCAUACGGUAUUUGAGUGAUUUAAGAGUUAGUUCAAUCUAUGGCCUAAAUUACAUAUAUUAGGGGCAUCUAAAACUUGCUUGAGGCAACUUCGACUAAUAUGUUAUUGGUAGUGCGAGCUGUUGAUUCGGCUCCCUCUUAAAAUAAGCUGUAGCCUCAGUUUUGUGGAUAACAUGACUAAGAAGCCAACAUAGGAAAGAAUGAAUUACUGGCAAGUUACUUCAUUUUAUCAUUAAAUGCAGUUGCGUGUUUUUUUUUUUUUUUAAUUUCCUAACACAGUUGACAUUUCUAUUUUCUGAUUUAGUAAAGGAAAUAAAAACAAUCAAUUCAUAGGUUGUUAUGCUGAAAUGUACCAGAACAUUAAAAGAUAUACAUUUACGUUAUAGGUCAAAGUGCAAAAAGUUCUCAAAGUUUUUAUUGACAAGGUCCCCUCUGUAUCUUGGUGAAAAAAAUGUUAGCGUGGCAUGUUAAAAGUUGUUUUUUUUGGAUUAAAAAUAGUAAUAAUUACAUUUAUAUCGCGUUUUUCUAGACACCCAAAGCGCAAUGUCAUGGUUUCAGUGUUUUCAAUAAAAUAGCGUGUGAAUGAUAAAAAGAUGAAA